AGUCACUGCACAUUCACAGAGGCAGAGACAGUGAGGGUGUGUAAGAUAACUUACAGAACAUUUUUAUUACUAUUUUCUGAAGUGGAGAGUCUGGAGCAUGAAGAUCCUCCUCACCUUCUGCCUGAUUAUAGUUGGUACUGAUGCUGUAACUACAGUAACUGGACACAGAGGAAGAUCAGUUCAGAUUAAAUGCCCCUACAAAUCUGGAUAUGAAGAUUACAAAAAGUAUCUCUGCAGAGGUAAAUGUCCCACUGUGGGGUAUAAAGACAUUCCUGUUCGCUCUGGAUCUGCUGCUAAAGACACCAGAUUCUCUCUGUAUGACGACACAACAGCCAAAGUCUUCACCGUCAACAUCACUGAUCUGAGACCAGAGGAUGAAGGCACUUACUGGUGUGCGAUACAGCGGACAUGGCUUGAUAUUUACAGAGAGAUUCUAUUGAAGGUGAAAACGGAUGAUCCUGUCAUCAGUACUGUCUCACACUCCACACACACCACACACUCUGCUUCAGCCCACUUCAUGAGUCCAUCAGUGCAUGCUGAGAGCGCAUAUUCAACAGCAGGUACUCCACUAAAUAGUUCUAACCACCCAAUUAGUGUUCCUUCAUCCCCGGUGAGGAAGAGAAUCCACUCUGAAUCAUCUCAACUGCAACUGGAACUAAGACAUGCCAGAACAUGGUUUAAAUGUGACUUUCACAUUAUGACUCUGCUUCCCUUCCCAGAAUUUCCAACUUUCAUGGUCAUCAUUGUUGUGUCUGUGGUUCUAGUGCUACUUCUCAUUGCGCUUUCAUUUGCUGUAACUCUACAGAGGAAAAAGAAGACCCAAGCCUCAUCUCCAGCCCAUUCUCCACAAUGCUCCUCAAACAAUCGUGUGAUUUCACCUCCAGAAAGCAGAUGCCUUUCUAACACACUUUAUUCCACUGCUCAAUUACCCACAAUCCCCCCUGACUUUUCCCAGUCUAUUUACUCCAACACUGGAUUACCCACAGAUCCAAAUGAUUCUUCACAAAGCAUUUAUGCUUCAGUACAACGCCUAUCAGAUUCUCCUGAUCAGGACAUCUACUCCACAGCUCAGUUACCCACAAUUCUCUCUGACUCAUCAGCCAGUGCUGCUCAGCCGUUGGUUGUGAAAUCUGAAAUCUGUGAAAGCCCAACGUAUGCAGCAGUGAGUAUUGACUCCGGUUCUAAUGGUGCAGCUGUAACAGUGAUCUUCAAGAACGAGAACAGCUCAUGUGACUAUGCUAUUGUUAACGUUACUUAAUGUGGCUAGUUUUCGUACAUCAUAGUGCUAAUCAUUCUGAGUUAUUUGUAAUUCGUAGCACCCGUUAUAUUACCUUAAACCACAGUGCUGUUUAGUUCUCAAAUCUGAUUAGUCUGAAGGUGUUGAUUAAUUUUCUAUAACAGCAGUCCUGACAAUAGUGCAACAGUGUUUAUUGGUGUUUAUUAUUAUCUUUCUACGUUUGAUAAGGAAGAUCAAUGUAAUUUAUGAAAGUAUUUUCAUUUUUAAAAGUAAAUAUUAAUUCAGGUAUUAGUGCAUGAUUAUUCAUGGACUGUUAUUGUAAAGUGUUACUCGUCUUUGUCAGCAGGUAAGUGCUGGUAGAAAGGAACCAGUUUCUGAAUUAUUGAACAUUUCAAACAUUUAUUGAUCAGUUUAGUCAAUAAGUAACGCACCACCAUAACUUACCAUCUGGUAAUUUGAUCAGCUCAGACUGUGUUUCAGCUGGUUGUAGCCACUCAGACUCCAAGUAACCCUUGCUGCAGAACCCAAAGUCCAUAGGAUUCAUUCGGACCGGAUCCAGCUCCUCCUACCUGGGCAGAGUCAAAUUAAAGUCCAGGGGUGAACACAACUCAGAGUGUUUCAGGCUGGAUAGGCUUGUUUUUUAUUCCUGUUGUAGAAUGCUGUAUUAGUUAGUGGUUAGGGUUAUAGGAGGAGUUGGAUCAGGUCCAGUUCCACCCCUGGACUUUCAGUUCUGCAGUAAGAACUAUCUCAGUCAGUAAGUCUUCCUUUGAAAACAUCAAAAUAUGUCAAUUCCAACAAUCCUGUGGACAGAAACUUCACAGAAGCUCAUCAUAUCUCAUUUGAUAGAUAGGCUAUGUUUUGACCAGAAAAGACCAACUCGAUUUGUAAAAAGAACCAGAGCAACAGGUCUGAUUAGAAGAUUAUUUCACAGUUUUUUUAUUUUGCAUUUUGUUAAAUAUUUUCAGAUUUGUUUGUCUGUGAGGUUUUUCUUCUCUCUCUCUUUGUCUCUGUAUACAAUAAUGAAGUGCUCUUUCAAUUCAUUUCAGUAUGAUAAACCUUCUCUAUACACAACAAUAAAUGUCUUUUUUAAAGGUUUGUGUUUCAUUAUAAAUACGUAACUCACAUAUCUGCUUUGGGUGUGCUGAUACAAUUACUGAAUGUGAACGUUUCAGUUGCUCUAUG